AUGAUUCCAGUGCACCUCAUCAUACCCCUUGGGCAAGAUCAAGGACUCGUUGUGCACCUGGAUAAGAUCGAUGAUUCUCGGAAUACUUGGUGGAGGGGGGCACGGGGGGAGGUUAAAUGGGGACAACUUAAGAGGCUGAUAUACCCGGCUACGCAGAUGCCACCGUUGCAGCCACCAUGUCUCCACCGCUCCCACGGGGGCCCGAUGGAGCCGUCUGUGGUGGAGCAGCUACCCGAGGUGGAGCCUGCGGGGGAACCCGUGCAAUUGACUUCACCUCCUGAUGUUGAAGCUGAGGCUCCUAUACUGGUAUCAGAAAAGCUAGAUGAAUCACUACCCGCCAAGAAGCCUCAAGGGAAGCUGUUGUUCCUUGCUAUACUCGCCUUCGCUGCCGGCGCGCUGGUGGCGCUAAGGCCAAAACUCCAACCUUCUGCUCCAAAGGCUGUUGAGCCACCGCCAGCCCCGUCUAUUCCAGAAAGUCUCUUUCCUCCCCCAGAGAAGCCUGAUGAAGGACUCGAAUCCCCGACUAGGCCUCCGUCCCCACAUGACAAGGGACCAACGGAGCCAACCGUCGAUUUUGCUCCUGAAGAACCGACGACAAUUCCCGGACCAGCAGCGACCGCCUUCCCGGCUGUUGUAGAAGAAAAGCCAUUAGAGGAGGCAGAAAAACAUGAGGAGCCAGAACAUUUUCCAGUAACGGGGGGACCCCAGGCUAUUCCAGAACCUCCCCAGCCAAUAGUUUGGCCGCCACCUCAGGCUCCGGAAAUUCCCGGGCCAGGUGUGGAAGAAUUGACUCCUGAGGUACCGCCGUUUGUUUCGCAGAUUGCUGUUGCGCCUGUGAAGUUGGGAAUUCAAGGUCCUGAUGAAACUGGAGGAUAUCUACCCAUAGAACCCCAGCCUGUGCCACGUCCCUUAUCCACUGUGCCCGAAGCAGACGAAGAAGCAGCAGAAGAAGAAGAGAGUGGGGAGGAGUUCGACUUAUCAGAUAGCGAAGAGGAUGAAUUGAAAAACCUUAGAGAAGACACGGCUUCUCCCUCCGAAGGUACACCCGAACACGCCGACGAAGCUGAAAGUUCUAGGGAGCCGCAGCGUAUUCCAACUCUAGUAUACAAACCUGUGCGUCAACCCUAUUUCCCGUGGGAUCGCACUGGCGAAAAGGAGCCAGAAUCUUUCCAGCCGGUGCCCGCUACCGUACCACAGACGCCACAACAGGAAGGCGAGGGCGAGCUAGAAGACAUGGAAGGAACAGCAGAGGGAAGUGCUACGACGCAGCCUGAGCCAGAGCAGCCCGCUCCGGUAACAGAGACUCCAGUUACAGAACAAGAAGGUUCUACUGGGGAGAAAGGUGAAGAGGAGGCAGCUGACAAGGAAGGCACAGCAGAGGGAAGUGCUACGACGCAGCCUGAGCCGGAGCAGCCCGCUCCGAUAACAGAGACUCCAGUUACAGAACAAGAAGGUUCUACUGGGGAGCAAGAUCAAGAGCAGGUAGUUGACAAGGAAGGCACAGCAGAGGGAAGUGCUACGACGCAGCCUGAGCCAGAGCAGCCCGCUCCGGUAACAGAGACUCCAGUUACAGAACAAGAAGGUUCUACUGGGGAGCAAGAUCAAGAGCAGGUAGUUGACAAGGAAGGCACAGCAGAGGGAAGUGCUACGACGCAGCCUGAGCCAGAGCAGCCCGCUCCGGUAACAGAGACUCCAGUUACAGAACAAGAAGGUUCUACUGGGGAAAAAGGUGAAGAGGAGGCAGCUGACAAGCAAGGCACAGCAGAGGGAAGUGCUACGACGCAGCCUGAGCCAGAGCAGCCCGCUCCGGUAACAGAGACUCCAGUUACAGAACAAGAAGGUUCUACUGGGGAGCAAGAUCAAGAGCAGGUAGUUGACAAGGAAGGCACAGCAGAGGGAAGUGCUACGACGCAGCCUGAGCCAGAGCAGCCCGCUCCGGUAACAGAGACUCCAGUUACAGAACAAGAAGGUUCUACUGGGGAGCAAGAUCAAGAGCAGGUAGUUGACGAGGAAGGCACAGCAGAGGGAAGUGCUACGAUGCAGCCUGAGCCAGAGCAGCCCGCUCCGGUAACAGAGACUCCAGUUACAGAACAAGAAGGUUCUACUGGG